CCCCUACCUGAGUCUUUUGACUCGGGGUUUAUAACUACGCUGUAUGAGUGCGAUAUGUUAAUCGUUACAGGAUGGGCUCAUCUAAGCGCACGAUCUCCCAGCAAGCGUUCGAGGCGAUGGUGGCUGAGAACAUGGAAGAUCUCGGUAUGGAUGCCGAUGAGGCUCUCGAAGAUACACUGCAAACCCUAACCCUCCAAGGGGUCGACCUCUCCGGGAUUGUUAAGUGUGUUCCUGGAGUAACUAGUGCGAAAGAUGACCCUGUCGUGAAAUUGUUGGAUGGGCUAAGGACCAGUUUUUUGUCAAAAUUGGAAGGCAGAAUGGCAGUUGCGCCUGAUGAGAUUGCGGAUCUGGAGGAAAUGGAUGGGAUGCUUGGCAAGCUUUAUGAUCUGUGCAGUGUAGAAGGAUCGGAAAAUGCUGCCAUUGCAAGAAAGAAUGGCGGGGUGGAGCUCCUAACUUCAUUAUGCGGCUUACUUUAUGGUAGAUUGGAGAGGCCUCUGGUUACAGCCUUAAGGGUUUUGAGUUCUAUUCUUCAGGAUGUUCAAAGUACUGACACAUUUGGCAAAAGUGGUGGUCCUAAAAUUGUUGUGGAUAUUCUUAAAGAAGGCUUCCAAAAUGCUACCAUACUAGACAAUGGAUUUUCUGUCAUUGCUGCAGCUUCUACUGCAAAUGAAGUCCUCAAGGAAUCAUUUAUGGAACUAAAACUUGAUGAGCUUCUUGUAAAGGUUUUGAGAGAACAGACUAGAAGCUGUCCACAAAGCUUAUAUGAUGCCAUUCGCAUCCUUUUAACUCCUGAUGAUAAUCGAGUUGUGGCUUCUCAAGUUUAUGGAUAUGCUAGAAGGUUCGCUAAAGUUGGUAUUGCAGAUGCUCUUGUUGAUGCACUUCAUGAUGGGCUGAGUUCAAGUAGUUUAGUUUCGGCAUGCAUUGCUCUAAAGGCUGUUGCUGUCAAUGAUGAAAUUUGUCGUUCAGUAACUGGAAGUGGCGGCAUUGAUAUUAUUCUGAAAUGUAUAGAUGACUGUAAUGAAACCAGCGAUAAAGCCGUUUCUAGAGCCUGUUGUUCUUUGUUGUCUAAGCUGGCAGGGAGUGAUGAGAACAAGGGCGCUAUUGUACAGAGAGGUGGCCUUGACAUACUAAUGAAAUUGUGCUCCAGAUUUUCUGAGGACCCUUCUAUUUUGCAAGAGGUUAUGUCAAUUAUUACCGUGCUAUCAUUAAGAUCUCCAGUGAAUGCAGCCCUUGCAGUAGAAGCAGGGGCAGGGGAUUUAGCAAGCCAAGCAAUGCAGAGGUUCCCUGCUGUGCAUCAAUUGCAAAGGCAAUCUUGCUUCAUGAUCCGCAAUCUGGUGGCUAGGAACCCUGAAAACCGGAUAAUUCUUCUUAGCUCUGGUAUUGAGAAGCUGAUUAGGAAAGCUAAGGGAAGCCACGACAGCUGCAGGGAUGCUGCCAGUGCUGCACUAAGGGACUUGGGCUUGGAUGAUUACAAUGCAUAGAAUUCUACUCUCUAGAUCAAUUUCAACUUUGCUCAAAUGGAGAAACUACAUGAGAACUAACCGUUUGAUUGAAGACUUGGCUUCUGUCAUUGUUCUUAUAAAUCUUGCAGCAUGAAGGUAAAGCAAGUAUCAAGCUAAGAUCCUUCUUGUCCUCGGUAGUUCUCUCUUUCGGAAGUUUUAUGACUAAGUUUUGGCCAAAAUCUACCGCCAUUAGUGUGGAUUUUUUGAAGUGAGGAUUUGUUGUCUAUGUUCUAUGCAAUGUGUCAAUUUUAUAUACCCAUUUUAUUGUAAUGUUUAAUUGGUUUGUUAUCCAUUGAUUGAUUGAGAAUUUUUUGCUACA